CUCAGCCAGCAGCGCUUAUUAUCUAUGUGUGUGCGUGACUGUUCGCUGCUGCGUGUGUACGGCGAAAUCGAAACAUAUAUAAUAUAACCCGAGAAGUCCGUACUACACACAUAUCGAACGAAAGAGAGAGAGAGAAAGAUGAGUGCGUAGAGUCCGCGCUCAGACUCCUUUUGCCGUUUUAUUGCCUGCGAGGCGCGUAUAGCACAAGAAAGAGAGAGAGAGAGAGAGAAGAGGUGAAGGGAGCUCUGUGUGUCUCGAUCCAGCAGCAGGCAGCAGAGUCUCGAGGAGGAAUCGAGCUGCUCUCCGAGAGAGCCUCAACACAACUCGGAGCUCGCUCGCCUAUAUAGCAUAAUACUAAAAUAUCGCAGGUCUCGCGCGCGCGAGCAGCGAGUGAGCCUCCCGCCGUAACGCAACAGCCGCAUCGCGACGACGACGGCUAGCUCUCAACGCGCGUUAAAUUUGCUCACAGGUGUGUGUGUGUGUGCGUGUGUGUGCAACAAAACGCGAUACUCAGCUGCUGCAACAGCAGCUCCAGCAGCAGGUGGUGAGCAACAAGUGGUCGUCGCUGCAAAGUUCCUUUCGAUACGUACGUGCGUGCCAUCAAAAGUGCCUGUCCAGUGUGAGUUUGUGCCGUGUCGUGCGCGCGUGCAACGGUGAUUAUUAUUAUUUCGCGACAGUUGGUGCUGUGUUGUUGCUGCUGCCGACGUGCUAAUGUAAAAUAGAAUCGUUGCCGACGCCGACUAUCGACUCCGAAGAAAUACCGUAUCUUCUCCUCGGGUGCGGGAUGUCCGUGGAGAGAUACACGGCCGAGAAGCCGAGCAGCAGUCCGCCAGUUUAUACGACAACAACAAAUCGGAGCUAGCACGUUCUGUGCCGCUGAGCACAGACAACAACAAUGCAACAAAACAACUCCGAUCCCGACUUGGGCACCGGUGUAAAGCAGCAGCAGAGACGCAGAGCCGACAUCCAAGCGGCGGCCGACCUACUCAGACGACUUCGCGGCAAGCUCCGCAGGGCCUGGACGAUACACUCGGCGAGGCCGCUGCCUCGGCAGCCUCGCCGAUCGAGCAGCGAGUUCCGGCCCUACCGGAGCCUGCCCAGCAACGCCUGCAGAUGGGCUCGACGCGGCAGCAGCAGCCAAGCGCACGCCGGUCCGCAGAGCCGCAGACUACACGAGCAGCAGCUGCUUCAUCGGACUCAGGCGUCGGGAGGAGUCGGAGCGGCGUCGCCUAGGCUCGAGCGCAAGCAAACCUCGGCGAGCAGCAACAGCCUCCUCCUGCACAAGUCAGCCAUACCAGUGCCAUUGCGUCGCGCCGGCUCGCGCGGCGACCUCCUCCUCGGUUCCACCGGUUCGCUCAACCUCAGCGGUGCUGGUGGUGGUGGUGGUUCUCUGCCGAGUAGAGACUCGACUCCAAGUGGCAUACCCAAGCCUCGCAGCAACGGCCUCGCGGCCAAACGUCGAGAGGAUCAUCGAGCCGAAGAGAUGCCGAGCAGCGGUGAGCAGCAGCAGCAGCAGCAGCAGCAGCAACAAGAGGAGGAAAAACAGCAACAACCGAUCCCCGUUCUAAGGAAGCUGUCGCGAAGCGAGCCAGCGUCGUCCGACGACGUACCGGACGAUGCACAACAGAAUCGUCGAUGUUCGAGCUACCUGUCGCCGGAGGCCAGUCCGCUGAGCACCCGCUCCUCCAAGUACAGUCCGCGCGAGAGCGAGAGCGAGCCCACGACCUGGGCGCCGUCGUCGCACUCGGGCACGUCGCAGCGGGUGCGCGACACCAUCAGUCGGACCCGCAGACAGUCCUCCGCCAACAGCAGCAACGCCGCCAAGUACGAGAGCUCGGGCAGCGAGGGUGUCAGAUUGGAGCCGAGCCUGCCGAGCUACGUGGACAUCGCCCGACGCUGCAAGUUCUUCGAAGCCAAUUCCGCGGCACAGACCGGCGGCGUUGCUGGAUCGACGGAUGCCGUCAAUGCAGCAGCGGCAGGGAAGACGCCGUGGACGACGACGUCUACGUUGUCUCAGCAACAUCAGCAACAGCAUCAGCAGCAGCAACGCGUCGACAGCACGACCAGUGCCGGCGAGGACGAGUUCGAGGAGCACUCGAGGGCCGGCCUAGCGUCCGGACUUGGUGCCCCGCAGGGCAGGGUCAUGCUCAGGAGACGCCGCCAGCUCGAUGCACAAGGAGCCCGAAGACGCGGCAGACCGAAUCUUCAUCUGGCAUCGUCGGCCAAUCGAGCUUGCGCCACAGCUGCCGCAGCCGCUGCAGCUCAAGGAUCGAAUCGUCAAGCUCAACAACAAUCGCUGCAACAACAACAACAGCAGCAGCAGCAGCAGCAGCAGGGCCAAACGUUGAGCGAGGAAGAGGCCGCCGCGGCCGACUACCGUCGACUCGUCUUCAUCAGCUCGGACUCGUCGUCCGGCCGCGAGGAGGACGAUGCCGACAGCAGCUGCUCCGGCAGUUCUUCCUUGUAUCUCACAGCGGCUACGCUAGCUACAGCCACCGCCAGUAGUCAGAACAAUAAUCCGACGACGACGGCGAGCAGCAGCGGCCUCGACGACUGCGACUGGGACUACUUCGAGAGCAACUCGCUCAAGCUGCCGCCCCUACCUCCGCCCCCGGCUCCCAGUGCCGCCACUGCAGCGGCAGCCAGUGGUACAGCAGCAGCAGCGGCUUCAAAAGCUGACUGGACCAGCUGCUGUCCCGGCCGACCGGGUGGCUGCUGCCAGGCCUGCGGCGCAUCCGCGAGCGCCAAGGUCCUGCCCGUUCCAGUGCCAAUACCAGUGCCAGUACCCGUGCCUUAUCCCGUGCCCGCCUCGCUCUGGCAGUCGAGCGGCGGCGGCAUCAUCGACAAUGCCAAUCCGAUCAUCAGUCCGAGGGAGGCCGCCAGGCUCGAGCGCUCGCUCAGCCUGAGCUUGCGACCGUGCGAGCAGUCGGCGGGCUCUUGGUUCUCUUGGAAUCCGCGCUUCGACUCGGCGCCCAAUCUCAUGUUUCCGCCCCAUCAGACGCCCAUCUUCAAUGCCGUCAAGUCCGAUCAGAUCGUGUCUUCUCAGGCUCUGGAAGCGACGAGACAGCAGCAGCAUCAGCAUCAGCAACAUCAUCAUCAGCAUCAGAAUGAAAAGCUUGAAAUAGCAGGAGGAGUGGUGGUAGGCAACAACGAUAUCGAAUCGCGUGACGAGGAAGAGAUCGAAACGACCAACGAGACUACGCCCGAGCCCGCUACCGAAGAUAGCGGCCAAGAGCAGAGGAUGUUCAAUCGUCGUGAUUCAUCGCAAGAGCAGGACUCUCGCAGCAGUUGCUCGUCCGGGCGCUCCUCGGCGGACAGCAGCGAUCUCGAGGACGAGGAUAACUCCUCCGCGACGCAUCAUCAUCAUUCUCGCUUCUCGCGCGUGCUCGUUGUCAAUCCGGGUGGCGACGACGAUUCGCUGACUAGCGACAAUGACAUCGAGGACAACGAUGACAGCGACUCGGGACACAAUAUCGUGUUGGAGCGGGUGGAGCCAAACGAGCUGGCGGAAAAAGAGUCGGCAGCGGAUGACUCGGUGGUGUUGAGAAGGAUAAGACGCAUAGAUGCCGAUGCUCAGCUGGAUGAGCUUGACAAAAAAGAGGAAGAGGACGACGACGACGAGGAUGAGAAGGAGAAGAAGCCGAAGAAGAAGCAGCCCGUGCUCGAUCGGCCGCAACAGCACGCCGACAGCCAUCAAGAGAUCGCUAGCUACGAUGAGAUCUAUUUGGCAAGCAAUAAAGACGACUCGGCCGAAUCGGUGCUGCUCAAAUCUGUUCGAUCGAUCGAUCCGGACGAACUGCCACCGACAGCGGAAAGCACCCCCAGACCGAAUUCGAAUAAUAACUAUCAACGCUCCGUCGUCGAGUCCGCCAAUAAUGAUUCACCGUCGUCGAAAUCGUCGUAUCGGAUGCAACAAUUUGUCGCGCAACAACAACAACCCGUGAUCGCCGCAUUGGAGAAGGACUCGUUCGACAAGGACUACGACGACUCGUCCAACGACUCGGCGGUGAUGCCUGACUCGUUGGAGGUGAGUCUGCAGCACCAUCAGUACCAGCCACAGCAGCAGGAUAAUCGACUGAACGACAGCAUCGAGAUCGACGAGCGCGAUCUGCUGCAUGAAUCGGAAUUUCACAUGCGAGUCGUCGACGGUUUGGGCUCCGCGCUUGCCACCUCCUCGCCUGUGGAGGGGCAAAGUACUUCUUGCCCGCCGCAGGUGCAAGGAGGAAUAGCGAGUGCGAGAGAGGUGAGAGAGCAACGGCAGCAGCAGCAGUCGCCAAUGGAGGGGAGCCUGGCAGGCUACGGAGAGAGCAGCACAGCAGCAACGAGCAGCGGCGCUUACGGCGAUAGUAGCGCCCGAGAGCCACGCGAGUAUGCCACGGCUGCGCCUCGCGCCCCCGUCGUUGCCCCCGCCGCCGCCACAACAACAGCCGUCGAACAGCUGGACAACAAUUCGAUGGCCAAGUCGCGCAAAAAAUGGCAGAUACCCGCGAGCCUCGACAUCAAGGGGCUGCCGACGACGCACUUUCUACCGAGCCCCGUGCUGCAGAUCGACGCGCGCAACGACGACGAGAAUAACGAGGAUGAGGAGCAGAACGAAAACAACGAUGACAGCGGCGGCAGCAGCAACGUAAACAACAUCACCGCCGAGCUGGAAGAGGAGCAAGUCGGCGUGGAGCUUGGAGCAGGAGCAGGCGUCGCUGCUUCUACUGCUGCUGCUGCUGACGCCGCGCCCCAGGCUACGAUGCUCGAAAUUCCUCCGUCGCCGCUCAUCGAAGUCGACGACGAGGUCAGCUACGAGGAAACGGCCGUGUACGUCGACGACGACGACGACAAGGAGUACAUCGUGAUAACGGGUGUAGCGCUCGACGACGUAGUGGCUGCUGGUUCAAGCAGUAGUGGCAGCAAUAGUGUAGCGGGUAUCUGUCCACCACAAGUGCCUAGUGGAAGUGUAUGUACAGCAGCAGCAGUAGCAGGCAGCAAUAGCCAAGAGUCACUCGAGCGUGGCGAGCAGCUCACGCAGGAUGCCGUUAACGGAAUGACCAACUCCCCCUUCCCGACCGGCCGGUCGAGUCUGGUUUCUGCUGCUGCUCAGAAUCGAGACUGGAUACCAACAUCGACUAACGCAGCCGACGACCAGUACAACAACAAAUACAAGAGUCUGGUGAUGAUCAAUCAGAAACCGUACCAGUCCAUGGUCAAUGUCGUGACCAGCGACACGACGAUGCUCGUACAUCAAGACUCUCCGGCUCCGUUCUAUCGUCAAGCCAAUAACUCAAGCUCGGGUCCCGAAGCCGCAGUCAGAAGAAACGUCGGCAAGAAGCCACUGCCGUGCAGACGAUUGCUGCCUCCGUACGAGCCCGACAUCAACAGCGGAUUGUACUGCAUUCGAGCCGACAGCCGAGACGACGACGACGGUAGUGCCUUCAGACAGCGCGAAAACGACGACGAUGCGGCUGCCGACAGCGACUCCGAUCGAUUCAACGACGGGCGGGAAAAGCCCGGCCCGCUCAUUCUCGAAGAGGGACUCGCCGACGAUGACUCGUGGGUCGAGGAGAUCUCCCACGACGAGGAUGACGCACAGAGCGCCUCGACCGCCACCGAUCAGGAGAGCAGCGAGGACGAGGCCGCCAACAACCUCGGCGACCGCGAGGAGGAGCUGCGCGGCUAUCAUCGUCAGGCCAUCGACUUUACGCUGCACACCAUCGUCGAGGAGUCGUGCGAGGAGAGCGAGCCCGAGCACAACACAGCCAGCUGGAGGCGACACGCGCUUGCCUCGAGAUCCGCGCCGGAGCUAGAUAGUUUGUCGGACGCGUCGUCCAUCAUGUCCGAGGGCUUGGAUUCGCUGACGCGCGAGGAUAUGGUGGGAGGCCAGACGAAAUCGGCGAGCCUCGAUAAGGAUAAAGAUUACUAUCUGUCGGAUCGUGUUGGAUCGGGUCAGGAUAGAAGAGAUUCCGAUGGAUCUGUGGGAAGCGAUAGCGAAGGCAGACCGAGCCCGGAGGCACAGAGAAGGAAGAAGCUCGUUCGAGCUCGUGGCACUGGUCGCUCACAUAGUUCAUCUUUAGACAACUUGCUGGCUCUGGCGCAUCAGAGCGGUGGCUCUCAUCAGGGCUCGUUGCAGGAGGGUCUGGCCACGGGCACCGACGGUCCCGAUUCGCCCUCGGAGGGCUCGAGCACCGAGACCGACGGUGCCGAGGAGAUAUCCGCGAACAACUCGCUCGUCAAGCAGAAAAAGAAGCCACCGCAGCGCAGCCACGGCGGAGCUCAGUCGCCGCGAAUCGUCGAGAAUCGCACGCCGGAGCCGCCUCGCGCGAGCAGCACCACCUCGUCGCCGCCCAUAGUCAUCCUGGCCGAGCCCGACGAGCUCGCCGACAACGCGUCCGAGGAAGACGGGGCCAAGACACCGCGCGCGGAGAACGUACUGCAGUCAGGCUCGCCGCAGCCCGAGGAGGACGCUUCUUCCAUCGAUACCAGAGCUCGACAGCAGUCGCGCGACUCGGGCUUUGUGGGAAGCUGCGACGAUCUUCUGCACAGCACGCCCCAGCAACGAAAUGCCAACGCUGCAGCUGUUGCAGCUGCUGCUUCUGUUUCUACUGCUUCGGGAGCCGCAGCACUACCAGAGUCCGCAUCGAAAUCUUCUACUGAUGAGGCACGCGAUCAAGAAUCUGCCAACAAUGGCCGAAGCCCCAGAGAUCAGAGAAAUAAUUUCCACGAGCGUCUCAUUGGUAGUGCUCGUCUGCGAGAGCGAUUGAUAAGCAUAGACCAACAGCAGCAGCAGCAGCAGCAGCAGCCCACCGCGUCGUCCGCACCGCUUAGCGGACUGACGCGCAAGGACAGCUUCAACAACUGGUCGAGCGACGAGGAGACCAACCUCAUGAUGUCCAAAAUGCGUCAAUUUUUCAAGAGCAUGGUGGCCAACUCUGCCAAUGGAAAUAGUUUAGCCAAUAACAAGAAUGAGCCAAGUGGUGGUGGUAGUACGACGUCGAGCGCCGCCUCGCCCGCGCCUAGCCCCAGUCCUCGCCUCUCGUCGGCGAAUCGGCAUCAUCUGAACAAUCGUCACUCGGGACGAGGAAGCGAACAGCAGCAGCGCGCGAAACCGCCGCAGCUCGUCUACUUCGAGAACGAGCUCACGCGCCUGAUGAAGACUGUGCCGGGUAUACGCGACGAGCAGGUGCGCGAGAUAGUCGAGUAUCUGAGCAGCGAAGACACCUGGUCGGAUUCGUACGACAGCUCCGACUACACGAGCUCGGAUCUCGAGGGUGCCGCAGUGGGUGGCAGACGCUCGGCGCUGCGCGAACAGAUAUCCCAGAGCUGUCAACAGAUCAUCAACAAGUUCGACGGCACGGACGAUCAUCGACGCGUCGUUGGCAGCCACAUGACCAACGCCGCUGCUGCGCCGAUCGAUCAACCCACGCAGCUGCUGCAACAACAGCAGCAGCAAGGAGCAGCAGCGGGCAUGGGUCGCGACACGGCCUUCGUGUAUCAGAAGCUGGUGGCGAGCUUCACGAAGAUGAGCAACAACGAGAACAGCAGCGUGGCCAACAAGUCCUCGGACAGCGGCUCGGUACCGAGCUCGAGUCCGCCUCUCAUAGCCAAGGUGAUGCAUCACAUCGGUAGCCGUCUGGUCGCCCUGAUGCACCAGGUCACCGAGAGCAAUGUCCCGAGCAGCCAUGGCUCGUCGCACAGGAGAUCUCAUCACGCUGCCAAUCUUCACAAUAGAGUCGCUUCGUCGUCGGCAUCGACCACCGAGGACGACGACUCGACUUCCGAUUCGGCUUGUGCACCUAGUCAUCUACCUCGAUCCAAAUCGCACGACCCCCUCAUACUCAUCAACGGCCACGCGAACAACGGUGGUAGCAGCGUCUACUCCGGGGGUGCCGCCAGCAUGCCACCAGCCGAAGCGGAAGAACGCGAGGCCAGCGACUACGAGCGUUUCUCGUGGAGAGGUAGCUUCGAGUCGGCCCUCAUGGCCGCCGACUCGCGCACCAAGCUAAGCCUCUUGGCCGGCUCGUCGGGCGGCGACAUGUCCAACUGCUCGCAGUCCGCCGCACUGGCCAUGGCCGCCAAGCGACGCAGCGCCGGCGAUCUGCUCUUCAACCCCAAGAGCUGCUCGCGCGAGCAGCUGGAUCGUGUACGCAGCUGUGGCUCGAUCGGUGGGGGCAGCGUCACUCAGGCAAAUUCCACGACUCCGGGUGGCUCGAUCGAGGAGAAGAUCUGGAGCAAGCGGAGACGAUCAUCGGUGCCCGACAACCGCGUCGAGUCCGGUAAGUCGACGACGAGCUCGACGAUCGAGGAGAGUGGAGGUGGUAGUGACACUGGUACUACAGCGGCGAAUGCUCCUCCUCGUACAGGUGACGACGACACCGACGACGAUCACGAGCUCAAUUACCAUCAGCAUCAAAGCGGCGAUUCUCGAGCGAUGACCCUGCCGAGGGACGUGCAAGCGGCCGCGGCCUCCGUCGCGAGUCCCGGCAACGGCACCAGCAACUCGCUGCCGCGCCAGGGCAUCUCGUCGUCGGCCUCGCCGAACAAGAGCAGUCCAACGGUCGCUGGCUCCGGCAACUAUCACUUCCUGCAGCAGCACAACACCGUGAAAUCGGCGCGCUACCGACCACCCGGCUUCAGUCGGACGAGUCCGUCCGCGGGCUUGGGCCCGAAACGCGCCUUCAGCGCUCCGGGACUGCAGGUCCAGGGCCCGACGGCGAGGUCGCGCAGACAGCAUCAACAGCAGCAGCAUCAACAGGGUCUCCAUUCGCCGGCGGGCAACGCCUCCUCGAGCGCCAAUAUCUCGGCCAACGCAUCGAUUUCAGACGAGGCCAGCAGUCUGUCGGAAGCCUGCAGCACGCCCAUAAUCGGCUCGGGCUCGCGGCGCAGCCACCACCAAUCGCCGUAUCAGCAGAAACUGCACAACAACAGCAGCAUGAUGAACAGCAGCCAGGAGCUGGACGAGGUCGAGCGCAGCUUCAACACCACCCGAGCCUCCCUGUCGAGCUUAGGCGUAAGUUUUCUCGCUUCGAGUUCUCCGAACGUUAACGAGGGAUGGAGGGAUCGUAACGCAGGCGGAAAAAAUUUGCAGGCCCGCUCGGACUCGAUGGCCUCGGUCUACAGCGGCGCCGGCGAGGGACGCUGGUGCGGAUCCGUUGCCGUGCGCGGCGAGGUCGAGUUCUCCCUGCAGUACGACUACAAGCAGCUCAAUCUCGAGGUGCACGUCACGCAGUGCCGGGACCUGGCGCCCGUCGACGUCAAGCGCAACAGAUCCGAUCCAUACGUCAAAGUUUAUCUGCUGCCUGACAAAUCGAAGAGUGGCAAACGCAAAACCAAAGUCAAAAAGCACACCCUCAAUCCGGUAUUCGACGAAACGCUCAAGUUUACCACUAGCCUCAAUGGUCUCGAGUCGAGAACGCUGUGGUUGACUGUUUGGCACUCGGACAUGUUCGGGCGCAACGACUUUCUGGGCGAGGUGCGCAUGCCGCUAGAGAACAAAAUCUUCGACGAUCCCCGACCUCAAUGGUAUCCGCUGCAAGAGAGGACCGAGCCAUUCGAUGAUCCGGUGGUCUACAAGGGUGAAGUCAUAGUGGGCCUGAAAUUCGUACCACCGGAUCCGUCCAGCUUAGACAGAGACCGCGACUCCAACGAACUUUUGAGCAAAUUCAAAAAGACCUGGAGCAAAGGCUCGCUGCACGUGCUUGUCAAAGAGGCAAGAAACUUACAGACCCGUACCAAACACGGUGGUACCUGUGAUCCAUUUUGUAAAAGCUAUUUGCUACCGGAUAAGGGUCGAUCCGGCAAACAAAAAACCGGUGUAGUCAGGCGAUCGGCUGGCUCGCCUGUCUGGAAUCACACGUUCGUCUACAAGGACAUAAGCCUGCAAGAACUGGCCGAUCGUGGCCUCGAACUUACCGUCUGGGAUCACGACAGAAUAGGAAGCAACGAAUUUCUCGGAGGAGUACGUUUCAAUCUUGGCACAAGUAAACAUUACGGUAAAGUUGUCGACUGGAUGGAUGCGACGGGACGCGAACUGUCUCUGUGGCAGAGCAUGCUAGAGCGCCCGAACUUCUGGGUGGAAGGAGCCGUCACUCUGAGGCCGAAUUUGCACAAUCAUAAGACUGGCGCUUCAUAGAAUCUGCCUCAUCAUUUUUCCAAAGCUAUAGUACUAUAUAUGCAACUUGACAAGUAAUAAUGUGCCUUAGUAAUAUCAAAGAAAACGUGUUGUCUUAAAAGAAAAUGUUUGUCUUGAAAUACCAGCCAGAUUGUGCAUCGAGUAUAUAUUGUCCAUUACGUGAGAUGCAAUGGCUCUUUUAUACGUAUUAAUGUGAUGUUUUUCAUAAUGAUCGAUGUCUCUCUCUCUCUGCCCGUGCUCGUUACAGCAUUAAUUGUUUAUUUUCAUAUAAACUCUAUUCAAUCUUUAGCCUGCUUAAAUCGAGCGUAUCGUAUAUAGGUGUAGCUCCUCGAACGAUCAAAGAUGAAUGUUUGUAAUUUAUAUGUUUUUUGGUAAAAAAAAUCAUCCACUUCGUUUUUAUACUUAUUCUCUGUGGCCAAAAGAUAUAUUUGUAAUAGAUGAUCAGCGGUACGAAGAAGUGCUUCCAGUAUGUACUUAUGUGUUGUGUCGUUAUUUAAAAUGCACGUAAAAUAAUAGGCUUCAUUCCGAAAACUGGUUCUUUUUAUAACAAGACUUAAACGCAAGCCAACGUUUGGGAAUAGCGCGCGCGCGUUUCAGAUAUUAUAAUGCGGAAUUUGAGUAUCACUAAUUUCGCGCUUAAUUAGGUAAAUUAAUUAUGUGUGCGUCCGUAAAUCAAUGUAAAUAAAUAAAUGAUAAAUGAGGAAGUGUCGAAGUGCAAAAGUAUUUUUUUGUGGCUAUUCCAAAGGCUGAUGUACUUAUGGAUUUCAGAUGUGAAAAAUGACAUAUCAGUUUGUAAAAAAUUAUUAUAACAGGGUUUAUAGAACAGAAGCAUUUUCGUCCACUUAGUAUUUGUCAGAUUAGCUAAGGAUCAUGUAACAAAUUCGAUUUAUUAUUAUUGGUAUUAGUCUUAAAUGAAUAAACGUCGUGAUUAUGUAAUUAAAUGAAUGUGAAUGCGGCAUGCAUGUUUCUCUCGUACGCGGCGAUCGAGCGCGCGUAUGUGCAAUAUAGAUUAUAAGUAUAUUUGUAUGAAGUAAUAAUAAUAAUGUACCAAGUGUGAAUUGGGAUGAAGAUUUAUUUGAAAUAAAAAAGUAAUGAAAAGAAUACCGAGCGAAGGUAUUCCUCGGUACCACACGAUAGAAGAUCGAAUCAAAGUGCAAUUGUAUCGUUCUCGUUCUUUCCCUGCAAAAAAAGUACGAGUUAAAAAAAAUAAAUAAGAAAAGAAAAAAAGAAGAGAUAAAUAUAUAAAAAUAUAUUUCUAAAU